AUGUGUUUUCCUACCCCAGACGGCUGCGAUGAGGAGCUGGUGGGGCCCCUGUACGCACGCUCCCUGGGCGCCUCCUCCUACUAUGGGCUCUUCACCACGCCGCGCUUUGCCCGGCUUCAUGGUGAGCUCGCCUGCACCCGCUGUCCACCACCAGCACACCAGGACGGGACCUUCUUCGGCAACGUGAACGAGUCGGCCGUGGUGCGCCACGACCUGCACUACCACUUCACAGCGCGCUACAUUCGCAUCGUGCCCCUGGCCUGGAAUCCGCGCGGCAAGAUCGGCCUGCGGCUGGGCCUCUACGGCUGCCCAGUCCGACAUACUCUACUUCGACGGCGACGACGCCAUCUCGUACCGCUUCCCGCGCGGGGUCAGCCGGAGCCUGUGGGACGUGUUCGCCUUCAGCUUCAAGACGGAGGAGAAAGAGGGGCUCCUGCUGCACUCCGAGGGCGCCCAGGGCGACUACGUGACGCUCGAGCUGCAGGGGGCGCAUCUGCUGCUGCACAUGAGCCUGGCAGCCCCAUCCAGCCAAGACCCGGCCACACGACGGUGAGCGCCGGCGGCGUCCUCAACGACCAGCACUGGCACUACGUGCGCGUGGACCGAUUUGGCCGCGAUGUAAAUUUCACCCUGGACGGCUACGUGCAGCGCUUCGUGCUCAAUGGCGACUUCGAGAGGCUGAAUCUGGACGGGGAGAUGUUCAUCGGGGGCCUGGUGAGGGCCGCGCAGAAGAACCUCGCCUAUCGGCAUAACUUCCGGGGCUGCAUGGAAAACGUGAUCUUUAACCGCGUCAACAUCGCAGACCUGGCCGUGCGGCGCCACUCGCGGAUCACCUUCGAGGGUAAGGUGGCCUUCCGCUGCCUGGACCCGGUUCCGCACCCCAUCAACUUCGGAGGCCCCCAUAACUUCGUGCAAGUGCCCGGUUUCCCGCGCCGUGGCCGCCUGGCGGUCUCCUUUCGCUUCCGCACGUGGGACCUCACCGGAUUGCUGCUUUUCUCCCGCCUGGGGGACAGGCUGGGCCAUGUGGAGCUGAUGCUCAGUGAAGGGCAGGUCAACGUGUCCAUCGCUCAGAGCGGCCGCAAGAAGCUACAGUUCGCGGCGGGGUACCGACUCAAUGAUGGCUUUUGGCACGAGGUGAACUUUGCAGCACAGGAAAACCACGCAGUCAUCAGCAUUGAUGACGUGGAGGGGGCAGAGGUCAGGGUCUCAUACCCGCUGCUGAUCCGGACGGGGACUUCAUACUUCUUUGGGGGUUGUCCCAAGCCAGCCACUCGAUGGGGCUGCCACUCCAACCAGACAGCCUUCCAUGGCUGCAUGGAGCUGCUCAAGGUGGAUGGUCAACUGGUCAACCUGACGCUGGUGGAGGGCCGGCGGCUUGGACACUAUGCUGAGGUCCUCUUUGAUACGUGUGGCAUCACUGAUAGAUGCAGCCCCAACAUGUGUGAGCACGACGGCCGUUGCUACCAGUCGUGGGACGACUUCAUCUGCUACUGCGAACUGACUGGCUACAAGGGGGAGACCUGCCACCAGCCUUUGUAUAAGGAAUCCUGUGAGGCUUACCGGCUCAGUGGGAAAACUUCUGGGAACUUCACUAUUGAUCCUGAUGGCAGUGGCCCUCUGAAGCCAUUUGUAGUGUACUGUGAUAUCCGAGAGAACCGAGCGUGGACAGUUGUGAGGCAUGACAGGUUGUGGACGACCCGGGUAACAGGUUCCAGCAUGGAGCGGCCAUUCCUGGGGGCUGUCCAGUACUGGAAUGCAUCCUGGGAGGAAGUCAGUGCCCUGGCCAACGCCUCCCAGCACUGUGAACAGUGGAUCGAGUUCUCCUGCUACAACUCCCGGCUGCUCAACACUGCAGGAGGCUACCCCUACAGCUUCUGGAUUGGCCGGAAUGAGGAGCAGCACUUCUACUGGGGCGGCUCACAGCCUGGGAUCCAGCGCUGUGCCUGCGGCCUGGACCGGAGUUGUGUGGACCCUGCCCUGUUCUGCAACUGUGAUGCCGACCAGCCCCAGUGGAGAACCGACAAGGGGCUGCUGACCUUUGUGGACCAUCUGCCUGUCACUCAGGUGGUGGUAGGGGACACCAACCGCUCCACAUCCGAGGCUCAGUUCUUCCUGAGGCCUCUGCGCUGCUAUGGGGAUCGAAAUUCCUGGAAUACCAUCUCUUUCCACACUGGGGCUGCGUUGCGCUUUCCCCCAAUCCGUGCCAACCACAGCCUCGACGUCUCCUUCUACUUCAGGACCUCAGCUCCCUCAGGGGUCUUCCUGGAGAACAUGGGGGGCCCUUACUGCCAGUGGCGCAGGCCUUAUGUGCGGGUGGAGCUCAACACAUCCCGGGAUGUGGUCUUUGCCUUUGACGUGGGGAAUGGGGAUGAGAAUCUGACAGUCCACUCAGAUGACUUCGAGUUCAACGAUGAUGAGUGGCACCUGGUCCGGGCUGAAAUCAACGUGAAGCAGGCCCGACUCCGAGUGGACCACCGGCCCUGGGUGCUGCGGCCCAUGCCUCUGCAGACUUAUAUCUGGCUAGAGUAUGACCAGCCACUCUAUGUGGGGUCUGCGGAGCUUAAGAGGCGUCCCUUUGUGGGCUGCUUGAGGGCCAUGCGUCUGAACGGAGUGACUCUGAACCUGGAGGGCCGUGCCAACGCCUCCGAGGGCACCUCACCCAAUUGCACGGGCCGCUGUGCCCACCCGCGGUUCCCCUGUUUCCAUGGAGGUCGCUGCGUGGAGCGCUACAGCUACUACACAUGUGACUGUGAUCUCACGGCUUUCGACGGGCCAUACUGCAACCACGACAUUGGCGGCUUCUUCGAGCCGGGCACCUGGAUGCGCUAUAACCUCCAGUCGGCACUGCGCUCCGCGGCCAGAGAAUUCUCCCACAUGCUGAGCCGCCCGGUGCCGGGCUAUGAGCCUGGGUACAUCCCGGGCUAUGACACUCCCGGCUACGUGCCUGGCUACCAUGGCCCCGGGUACCGCCUGCCUGACUACCCGCGGCCGGGCCGGCCUGUGCCUGGUUACCGCGGGCCUGUCUACAACGUCACAGGGGAGGAGGUCUCCUUCAGCUUCAGCACCCACUCCGCCCCCGCCAUCCUGCUGUACGUGAGCUCCUUCGUGGGCGACUACAUGGCCGUGCUCAUCAAGGAUGAUGGGACCCUGCAGCUGCGAUAUCAGCUGGGCACCAGUCCUUAUGUGUACCAGCUGACCACCCGACCAGUCACUGACGGCCAGCCUCACAGUGUCAAUAUCACCCGGGUCUACCGCAACCUCUUCAUCCAGGUGGACUACUUCCCCCUGUCGGAACAGAAGUUCUCAUUGCUGGUGGACAGCCAGCUGGACUCACCCAAGGCCUUGUAUCUCGGGCGUGUGAUGGAGACAGGAGUAAUUGACCCGGAGAUCCAGCGCUACAACACCCCUGGUUUCUCGGGUUGCCUGUCUGGUGUUCGAUUCAACAAUGUGGCUCCCCUCAAGACCCACUUCCGAGCCCCUCGGCCCGUGACCACCGAGCUAGCCGAGGCCCUUCGAGUUCAGGGAGAACUGUCGGAGUCUAACUGUGGAGCCAUGCCACGUCUUGUCUCAGAGGUGCCACCUGAGCUCGAUCCCUGGUAUCUGCCCCCAGACUUCCCUUACUACCACGAUGAUGGAUGGGUCGCCAUACUUUUAGGCUUCUUGGUGGCCUUCCUGCUGCUGGGGGACAUUUGGCUCCUCUUAGCUGGCUCUGCUCAUCCCAAGGAUGCCCCGCCCCACCAGGUUUGGCCCCUGGCUGUGGCGAAGCCUCAUGGGGUUGAGAAAGGCCCUUCCGCCGCUUCCAUCCCAGCUGCUGCCAGGGGUGAAUGA